GGCGGUAGCCACGGAGCAGCAGCCAUCUCCUUCCAAUCGAAUACCAUUUUAGUCUCGCUUCCCCUGUUUUCCGAACCAGGCAGCUAAUGGCGCUUCCCUCUCAUCUCUUCCUCCCCUCCCCUCCCUCCUCUUCCUUCUCCCCUCCUCCUCUUGCCCCUCUACGCCGCAUGCCUGUUUCCCAGCAGCUUGUUUUCAGUACAGGAAGACCUAGGCUACGGCAUCGUUGUUUUUUCGGUGGGAACGUAGGUCACCGAGGCGAAUGCUUUAGUGUUACUCGUUCUACAGGUGUAAGCGAAUCGGAGAGUGGUUGCUGCGGCGACGGUUUUCGAGACGAGGAGGAUGAGGAGGAGACGGUCGACGACGAAGUGGAGCAAGGUGAAGAUGAUGACUUGUUGACUUCGAUAGCGCCGGAGAGAUGGGAUGUGCUGGGCCUAGGCCAAGCCAUGGUAGAUUUUUCGGGCAUGGUGGAUGACGAAUUCCUAGAAAGAGUAGGCAUAGAGAAAGGGACAAGGAAAGUUGUCAAUCAUGAGGAAAGAGGGAGGGUUUUGCGAGCCAUGGAUGGUUGCAGUUACAAGGCUGCUGCUGGGGGUUCUCUCUCUAAUACACUUGUGGCUUUAGCAAGGUUAGGCAGCCGGUCUGCGAGUGGUCCAAACUUGAAUGUUGCUAUGGCAGGCAGUAUUGGUAGUGAUCCGCUUGGAGGUUUUUACAGGGCAAAGCUUUGUCGUGCAAAUGUUAAUUUCCUUUCUAAGCCUGUGAAGGAUGGAACAACUGGGACGGUUAUAGUUCUAACUACUCCAGAUGCCCAACGAACGAUGCUUGCAUAUCAGGGAAGAUCAUCAACCAUUGACUAUGACCCGUAUUUGGCUAGUUUAGUCUCUAAAACAAAUAUACUUGUCAUUGAGGGGUACCUAUUUGAGUUUCCUCAUACUAUCAAAACGAUUGCACUGGCCUGUGAGGAAGCUCAUCGAAGUGGUGCACUUAUUGCUAUAACUGCAUCUGAUGUCUCUUGUAUUAAGAAAUGUUAUGACGAUUUUUGGGAAAUCAUAGGGAAUUAUGCCGACAUUGUGUUUGCCAACAGCAAUGAAGCAAUAGCCUUUUCUGGCUUCUCCACAAACAGCCCAAUGUCAGCUGCUAAAUACCUGAGUCAUUUUGUACCGCUGGUGUCGGUCACAGAUGGGCCUCGAGGUUCCUUCAUUGGUGUGAAGGAUGAAGCAAUAUACAUACCUCCAUUUCCGUGUAUACCAGUGGACACAUGUGGAGCAGGUGAUGCAUAUGCAUCAGGCAUCUUGUAUGGUAUCCUCAGAGGGGCCUCAGAUUUGAAAGGGAUGGGAACGCUAGCUUCUCGUGUGGCUGCUGUGGUGGUUGGACAGCAGGGUACUCGGCUUCGGGUUCAAGAUGCCUGCAGAUUGGCCGAGUGCUUUACCUGUCAUCUUGAAAGCUCAAAGGUUUUUCAUGAUGUUGGGUCUGACCAAAUCUCCAGCUUAUGAUUUCCAUGACACCUUCCGAGACGAUUUCAAAAAUGCGUACAUAUACAACACAGAUUGCUAUUCUUGCUCGAGAGGGCCAAAAUGCGACAAGAUUAAGCUGGGCGAUUGCUCAUGACUAGGAAUUUAGCAAGGAUGAUUGCUGCAAGAAACCAAAUGUUACUAAGAAAAGUGUUUUGUAUCCAUCCUCAUCCAAGUCCUACUCAAGGUGACUAAGGGAUAAUGUUACAGAAAAAAAAGGGUUUAUUGUUUUGAGAUCGUUGGGGUGGACUAUUCAAUUUUUAUCAAUUCAUACAAAUUUAUUGCUGUCUGAAACCUCAUGCUUAGAAUCUUUGUUAUAUUUUUGAUUGCUAAUAGUUAAUAAAUAACAUGUUCUCCUUCCUUUGAUUU